AAAUUGAAAUGAUCUCAGUGUCUCAGUUUGGAAAGUGUGAUGAAAUACAGCGUCGUAUAAUGAGAUAAAGGUUCUGCUUUCUCAAAAAAAUUCAACUCUCAUUAAAUAUUGUUUAGUGACAUUUAGGAAUAUAGUUCUGAUAAUGAUGAGCUCUGAUAAGAUGCUCCAUGCAAAAUGAAGAAUUUCUUGAAGAACCUACGCGUUUUUGGUGAUUGUGGAGAAAAUGCUAAGGCAGAAUACGAUGCAUCCAAACCAGCAGACUUCGAAACAGCUCUGGGUGCAACUGGUUUCGGAAAAUUCAACUUUUUACUCUUCCUGAUAGCCUUUCCGACAUGUUGGGCUGUGAUGUUCCAAACCACCACCAUGUCGUUCGUUUUUCCUGCCGCCCAGUGCGAUCUGAACUUGACUUUGGAAGAUAAAGGCCUUUUGAAUGGAGUCACAUUCGCUGGAACUGUCGUCAGUGCAUUCAUUUGGGGAUUUCUGUUCGAUACAUUCGGAAGACGAAAGCUACUGAUCAUUGGAUUCUUUUUAGAUGGACUCACAGUCAUUCUGAGUGCCGUAUCGCAGGAUAUAAUUUUUUUGAUGAUCACUAAAUUCUUGGGAGGGAUUAUUGUAAUUGGUCCAUUUGCUGCUCUGACGCCGUAUUUAUCAGAGCUCCACGUGGCUAAGUACAGAUCCAGAAUACCUUUGGUGAUGGGGGCUUGUUUUGCGAUAGGAGGAAUAUACCUACCCUUCAUUGCUUCGUUGAUACUACCGCUGAAUUUCGAACAAGUCUUGGCGGAGAAUUUUGUUCUUCAUUCAUGGAGUUUAUUUUUGUUUGUCAAUGCAAUACCCUCUCUACUCGGAGCUUUACUUCUAUAUUAUCUGCCCGAAAGCCCAAAGUUCUUAAUGUCUGUGGGAAAACAUGAAGAAGCCUUGGAGGUAUUCAGAAGGAUAUAUAGCCUUAACAGUGGAUUCCCUCCAGAAAAUUAUCCAAUAAAAGAACUCGUAAAAGAAGAAACACGAUGCAGUCAAUCCUCCUGGCUAUCCAAAAGUUGUAGUCAGUUAGGUCCUCUAUUCGGAAAAUACCUCAAACUUUUUUUGUUGGUUUGCUUUCUGAAUGUUCUGAUAACGACAAGCUUUAAUACCUUCAGACUUUGGCUACCUCAACUAUUUCAGGCUAUCACAGAUUAUAAAUACUACAAUAAUGGCACAUCUGCUUCUCUAUGCGAGAUGCUGAGCAUUCUUAGACGAGGAAAUGAACCCAAAGAGUGUUUUGUAAAUUUCGAAAAUUUUGACGUCUACCUCAACGCAAUGUGGGUAUGUUUGACCUCACUGACUGGAUAUCUGAUUGCAGGAUCCUUAGUUAAUAUAUUGGGCCAAAAUAAACUUUUAGCUAUCACAAGUUUUCUAGCAGGUUUAUGCUCGAUAGGAAUCUAUUUUUCACCGAACAGUCUACUGUCGACAGUUUUCAUGGCUGGAUUCUACAGCCUGUGCAGCAUAGCUACCAAUACAACUUCUUUAGUAGUUAUCAAUCUCUUUCCAACUUCCAUAAGGACAACAUCGCUUUCUUUGGCCUUUAUGUUUGCCAGAAUUUUUUCCAUGGUUGGAAACGUAAUAUUUCCAUAUUUGAUCAAUAUGGGGUGCGAACCACCCUUUGUUAUGCUGGCAGUAUUAGUUUUCACAUGCUCUAUUUUGACUCUGAUUCUUCCUGAACAGAAAAAUUCUCUUCAAUGAUACACCACUGUGAUAAAAAUUGGAAAUGACUAAAGAAUAGGAAUUACAUUCUAUAUUCAUAAGUCAAAACUUUAUUUUGUAUGGUAAAUAAAAGACAUUACAAAAAAAAA